AUGGGUUUAUGCACGUAUUUUAUAAAUGGCAAUUGCCGAUUUGGAUCCAAAUGUGUUAAUGAUCAUAUAGAUCUUAAAACUUUACUAAAAAAUGAAGCUGAUGCUGUAAUUAAUGGCAAGCAAUGGCUAUUGUCAUGCUUUGGACCGUUCAAAGAGAGUGUUGUUGUACCAAACUUUAUUCCUGAUCAAUCGUUUGAGGAAGUUCGAAUUGCUUUUAUGGAAAACAGCAAAAAUGGGAAUGUCCAGAACUAUGUGAAUAACUUAAUGACUGAAUAUAAUGAUGCAUUAAGAAAGAUAAAUGAAAUAAGGACGCCAUCAAGUGACACUCUGCAACUUAUUGCUUCAAUUUAUAACACAUCUAAUUCUAAUGAGCAGAAAGUGACCAAACCUGCUCAAUCACAAGCUCCAAAUCCUUUCCAAUCAAGUAACAUGUUCGGAGGAGCUACAACUCAGCCACAGACUAUGCCUAGUUCGAGUAUUUUUGGCGCUUCAACGACACAAAGCAAUCCAUUUCAACAAGCAACUCCUCAACAACCAUCAAAUUCUAUGUUCGGAUCGUCUACAACUAGUAAUCCUCAAUCGUCUGCUUUCUCAUUUAAUCAAGCAACUGUUCAGGAUCAACAAAAGUCAUCAAUGUUUGGACAAUCUGUUUUUGCUUCCGCUCAAAAUCAAAGUGCUGGUUCUGCAUUUUCUUCUAAUCAAUCAAAUAUUUUUGCACAGCAAGCAAGUGCAUUUGCAAUGCCUUCAGCACAAACAGGAACUUCCGUUUUUGGAUCUUCAGCUGUGCAACAGCCUCCUCAAUCAGUUUUCGGUUCAACUGCUAUCCAGCAACCUGCUCAAUCAGUUUUUGCAGCCACAAAUUUACAACAAGGCACUCAGUCUGUUUUUGAAGGAAAUACUAAUGUUCAACAACCUGCACAGUCGAUUUUUGGAGCAGCUACUCCUAUGCAACCUGCUGCCCUGUCAGUUUUUGAAUCCACUCCUAUACAGCAAGGCACUCAAUCCGUUUUUGGAGCUUCAGCGGUCCCACAAACCACACAAAAUAUUUUUGGAGGAUCUACGAUUACACCACAGCAACCAACACCGUCAGUUUUUGGAGCUGCGACUCAACAACCUGUCCAAAAUGUAUUUGGAGGAAGUAUAAUUCAAAAUCAACAAGUUCCAAAUGUAUUUGGAGGAACUCCAUCUUUACAGCCAUCACAAAAUGUUUUUUCAACUGUACAAAAUCCACAAAAUGUUUUUGGAGGGUUUAAUCAAAAUCAGGUACAAAGUCAGACAUUUUCUCAAGCACCUUCAGUUUUUGGAAGUACACAACAGCCGCAGCAACAAAGUGACAGCAUGUCCAGUAAUAUUUUUAACACACAAGCACCUCAAACAGGACAAAGUUUUGCUGGAAAUCCGUUCCAACAAAAUGUGACAUUUAAUGAUGAUCAUUUUUAUAGCAAGGACGAAGAUCUAUCGCCAGAUUCCAUUCAAGCAUUUCAAGCUGAAUCUUUUAUACCUGGAAGAAUCCCUAUCAUGCCUCCAUCAAAAACUCUGGCUUAUUGUUAG